AUGCCUUCCAAAUCAAGAGGUUUAAGAACCUCUACGGGUUGCUUGACGUGCCGUCAGCGCCGGGUCAAGUGCGAUGAAGGCCGACCGAGUUGCCAGAAUUGCGAAAGGGUCACCCGCGAAUGUGUCUAUGCCGAGAAAUCAUCUGCACCUCGGCAACCCAGGGCUUUGAGUGCUCGCAAGCCAGAAGAAGGCUCGUCAACUGGUACCGAAUCGGUGCCGCCAGAUAGCGACCCAGAAGCGAGUUGUUCAAUAUCAGGGAGCACACUAAGUCCAAAGACUGUGGCUCCCAUCCAAUCAUGGAUACCAUUUCCCACCGGGCAAUCAGUGCUCUCUGAUAACAUAAUUCCCGACGAGGGAUUCCUUCUCAAUGAUAGCUUUUUUAGUUUCAGAGAUAGUUUGAUAACCACUUCUGGUCCCAAUGAAUGGUAUGACCGGCUAGCAGAAGACGCGAUCAUGUGCAUGCAGGAGGCACCUCGAGAAACCUUCUUCAGGAAUUUUGACUUCGCAACCCUGUCGAGAAGACAAUCCCCUCUACAGUCCAUUACCUUGGAACCCGGGGGUGGUCGUUUCAGCAAUAUGAAUAUCCAAUCAAUGAACAUCUCGACCCAGCCGUGGAAUACCCACACAAGGCUCGAACUGAACAGUGAAGAGAUGGUGUAUUUUUCACAUUAUGUGACUGUUGUAGCGCCGAUACUGGACCUGUUCGAUACCGAGAAGCACUUUGCCGAUGUUGUGCCACAUCUCGCUCUGCGCAAUGUCGGGUUGCUCAAGUCCAUCCUGGCAGUUGGCGCACGCCACAUGAGUCUCUACCCGGACCACAACAUUGGUAAUGAGUCCGCAUCGCAAGUACAUCAUCAACCAUCUAGAGCACGUCGUAGUGUGCCAACACCUAUGCGAAUGAUUGCUGAGCGGUUUUUCUUGGAGACACUACAGUACAUAUCGCAAAACUUGAUAUACCAGUCGUAUACAAGUUCUCUAGAAAUACUGACAACUGGUAUCAUGCUCUCGACAUGGGUGAUGUUUGGGGCAGGUACAAUUUAUGACCACAGCGAAUGGGAUCGCCAUCUAAGAGGAGCUUUUUGGAUCCAACAGAACACAGGCACGAGCGGAGAGUCUGCAAACGGAUUGCAGCGUGCAGUCUGGUGGGCAUGGCUACGACAAGAUGUAUGGGCAGCUUUCCGGACUGGGAGACCAGCACUUACUGUCCACCAACCGAUUACACCGAUGGCAGAACUUACAUUAGAGGGGCUGACGACACAUAUCGUAUACAUUGCUGCCAAAUGUGUACAAUAUGCGGCAACUUCCAAACAAGAUGAUAUCGCUGGCUAUAUCGAAGCUGGAGAAACCCUACUUCGGAUACUUGAUGCAUGGAAACAGCUUCUUCCACCAUCAUUCGAUCCUAUCCCUGUUGUAUCCUCACCUCAAGUAACGCCACCGCCCUCGUUGGGAAAAACUCAGAUCCAGCCCAUAUGGAUUCAUCCUCCAGCGCAUGCUGCUGCCAUUCAAACUUAUCAUUUUGCAAGGAUAGUCGUUCUACUUAAUCAACCUUCUACUGGCGGUCUCAAUACGUAUCAAACACGCUUCAAGCUCCUUCACGAAAGUACCUUGAUCAUAUGUGGAAUCGCAGUAGCAGAUCAAUCGCAAAAUCUGCCAUCAGCUUUUGUUAGCUUUCAAGCAUUAUAUGCAGCUGCGCUUUGUGCUGAGACAAAAGAAAGGCAAGACGAGAUACUAAAGAUUCUUAGAGAAGUCUUGAGCAUCGGCAUGUUCCCCUCGGUCUGUAUGUUGAAUGACCUGGCCAAUGUAUGGGACCGCAGCUCGAGCCAAUGA